GCGAAAGGAGGACAUGGAAGGGGAGGGCGAACAUGAGGAAUGAAGACGAGAACGGAAAGUGCUGGUGUGAAGUCAGUACGAGAGAAGGAAAGAGAGCAGGAGAGGAAGUUGAACCAGAAAGAUCGAGAAGCAUGCACGGGACGAGUAGCAUAUGAUUGCAAAGCAAGAAACCUGCCAAGUUUUGAGUCAAGACGAUUUGUGACUGAUUCGGCCUUUCUUUAUCUGCUGAGAAAUGAGAAUUUUUGAAGCAUGCCACCAGUUGUGUGAUGUACUGUGGAGCGCAUAAAGGAUAGAGGCGUUUGUUUUCAGGAAGCAGAUCUAGGUGGAUAGGCGAGGAACCUAGUGUUCAAUUGAUGAGCGUUGUAAGUAUAUAAGAAGCUGAAUAGAUGGGACAGGUUGAAGGGAUGAGUCUGACAACCACCAAGAAGAACGAAGCGUUUCAAUCCACUCCUCUCCGCGAUGCCGAGCUGCUCUCGGUCCCAGGGGUUGGCCCUGUGUCAGGUGGGGAGGCUAGUGUCAUGCGAUGGUUCGAGUGACACGACUGCAGCGGACAAGCUGAAGGAGGCGAACAUCGACACCGCAGAGAAGCUGAUGGGCAACUUCAUGGUGAUGGGGAGAAGCGAGGAGAAGAUGGCCAAGUGGCUCGAGGAUGUGUGCGAGGUGAGGUCCGUGGAGGCCAAGAAGAUCUCGGCAGCGCUGGUAGAGAAGGGCGACAAGAUCUGCUCUAUGUAGUCUGCAUGCUCCUCGUAUGUGAUGUUAAUUCACCGACAAGUGAG